GUUUGAGUGUCCUUGCAAUCCCAAAUGGAAUGGAGUGUUUUCUUCAGCUUUCUUCAUCAUCCCCGCCGUAAUGGCCUUUACGUUGAUGCUGAUUAUUCAAGGAUGCAGAUGUGAUACUUGGUGUCGCAAGACCAUAUCUCUCUCCAGCUUCGUCCCGGCGAUCGUGUGGCUGAUUCUGCUCUUCCUCGACGGGCAGUACUUUGCGUGCGCAAUGACGGACUGGAAGGGCAGGUUUGUCAUCGUUGACAAAGCGGCUCCGCAAAAAUGGUGUGAACCCACGAACGGGGACGACGUCACGCCGCAAGAACUAAUGCUUCGCUCGCAGCAGUUAUUUGUUGUUUCUCAGGUUAUAGGCAUAGCUCUUCUCAUUUUCAUCUGUGUGGGACUAGUAGUGUAUGUGAUUAGAGAGAGCUGCCAACAGGAGCUGGACACACAGGAUUCCAGCGGCGUAGCGGAGAUGACGAUGUGCAGCUUGAGUUCACGAAGGACGCGGACGUCAUGAAUGUGGACAUUGAAGCCUCCAUUGCACAACUCUCCGCUUUGGUCUGAACAGCGGGAGACUACUACCGUAGGACUUUAAGAAACACCAUCCCUGUAAAUAAGUUCUUUUUUCCUCAUGGAAUACUUUAUAUACAUUUUUAUGACCUCAUAAUAUCUGACAGAUUUA